AGAAUAGUCGUAAUGAGAUCAGCGUUCUCUCAACCGUAUAUAAGCCAAUAAUUUUCUAGAUGUGGCAUCAGAUUUUGAGUAUCGUUCCUUGGAAUCGUGUCUGCCUUCAUCUUCCGCCAUGACCUGCAAAUUGAUCGUCUUUUCGGCACUUUUAUGCAUUGUGGCCGCCGAUGUCGGUGAAGUUCUGACUCGCCCAAAAGGACGCAUCGCUCUGAAAUCCGUUCAUCUGCGCCCUGCUACCCAAAAACACAAGCUCAGGGUCCGUGAAAUCGAUGGCGACACCGAUACCCAACUGUUCAAUACUGUCAUCGUCGAAAGCCAGGCCGAUCUGGACCAAUUGGAACCAUUGCCCCUGACUUUGGUGGAAGCGGACGCUCCGACCACAUUCCAGCUCCAAGAAUCGCAUCCGGAUUUCCAAGGACCAUACCAUUAUGAGAAACCGACGAUCGAAAAUGACUACCUGGCACCGAAACCCGAUGGGGACUAUCUGCCGCCACAUGGCCCCAGAGAUUUCGACGAUAGUGUAGCGAAGCGAAGUAUCAAGCUAAGGCUGCAUACCCGUCAUUGAACGGCAUUGUGGUUUGAAGAGAUUGGAACGAUAUUAAAGUUCGUACGGAAUAAAAAAAAA